AUGGUCAGAACAAACGACAUGCAGAGACCCAGAGCUAUUGACCUAACUCGUUGCCCCAUCCACAAUUCCCAAAAGCCCAUUACUUAGCCAAUCCCGCGUAACAAUUCGUGAACAUUCCCCCCAAAACCACGCUUUUAUGGCCGCCAUUUCGACGCGCUCCUCCGCCUGCGGGAAUCCCUCCUUCUCCCGGCCAUCGCCGCUCCGCCUCCGGAAUCCUCCGGCAAGCCUCUCCACCGUGAGGCUGCGACGCUUGGCCCCCGUCUCCUGCACCCUCACGCGCGACCCGUUCACGAUGAACUCCGCCUCGACUAGCGCAAACGCGGGGCUUGCCCUUCGGCCAGACUCGUUCGGUCGCUUUGGUCGCUUCGGUGGGAAGUACGUCCCUGAAACCCUAAUGCAUGCCCUUACCGAGCUCGAGUCCGCUUUCAAAUCCCUUUCCCAGGACCAGAACUUCCAGAAAGAACUGGAUGGGAUCCUUAGGGAUUAUGUUGGGCGAGAAAGUCCACUAUACUUUGCUGAAAGGCUUACAGAUUAUUACAAACGUGCUAAUGGUGAGGGCCCACACAUAUACUUAAAGAGGGAAGAUCUGAAUCAUACUGGUGCACACAAGAUCAACAAUGCUGUUGCACAAGCUUUACUUGCCAAGCAUCUAGGGAAGAAACGCAUCAUAGCUGAGACUGGAGCUGGUCAGCAUGGAGUUGCAACUGCUACAGUAUGUGCCAGGUUUGGUUUGGAUUGCGUCAUCUACAUGGGCUCACAAGAUAUGGAGAGGCAGUCUCUCAAUGUUUUCCGUAUGCAACUUCUGGGAGCUGAGGUUAGAGCAGUUCAUUCUGGAACUGCAACACUGAAGGAUGCGACUUCAGAGGCCAUAAGGGACUGGGUGACUAAUGUUGAGUCAACCCAUUAUAUUUUGGGGUCUGUUGCUGGUCCACAUCCCUACCCAAUGAUGGUUAGAGAUUUUCAUGCUGUUAUUGGCAAAGAAACAAGGAGGCAAGCAAUGGAAAAAUGGGGUGGAAAGCCAGAUGUGCUGGUCGCUUGUGUUGGUGGUGGCUCAAAUGCAAUAGGACUCUUCCAUGAGUUUAUUGAUGAUGGAGAUGUGAGGUUGAUUGGUGUUGAGGCUGCAGGAUAUGGACUAGACAGUGGAAAGCACGCUGCAACCUUGACAAAAGGAGAGGUGGGAGUGUUGCAUGGGGCAAUGAGUUAUUUAUUGCAGGAUGAUGAUGGACAAAUAAUUGAACCUCAUUCUAUUAGUGCCGGUCUGGAUUAUCCUGGUGUUGGGCCGGAGCACAGUUAUCUGAAAGACAUGGGACGUGCUGAAUAUUAUAGUGUUACUGAUGAGGAGGCUCUGGAAGCUUUCAAGCGGUUGGCUCGGUUGGAAGGUAUCAUCCCAGCUCUUGAAACUUCACAUGCUUUGGCCUAUCUUGAAGCGCUUUGCCCGAACCUACCAGACGGCACAAAAGUUGUCAUUAACUGCAGUGGACGAGGGGACAAGGAUGUUCAUACCGCGAUAAAAUAUCUGCAACUCUGAUGAUGCUUAAAAGGAGGACGAACUGUCCUAAAUUACCAGAAGAUGAAGCAAUAUUAUCGAUAAGGAUAAGGCGAGCGAUCUCUUGUUUCACCAGCCCAUUUAAUAUUAUGCUUUAUUUUGCUUGUCAGACCUGUUUUUCUUUUAAUUUUUUUUUUUUUUAAGAACUUGUAGUUUAUCCUUCGUCAAGGGAACGAAAGUUUGGAAAAAUGAAGGUGAAACUGCAUGACAAAAGUUGGAAAAGAAUAAAGGUGAAACUGCAUGAGGUUCAAAUUGACCCUCCAAUGCACUCUGCUCA